CAUUUCGGACUUGCAUAAUUUGUAGUUAGGAAAAUUAUGAUAAUCUUAAUUAUUUGAGUCCGGCAUUUUCAAUUUUAGUAGCUGAGUUGGAAUGGUUACUUUUCUUGAUUACAUACAUUGAAUUCUUGAUCCUUGCUUAAUUUGGGGAUGGAGUAUCUCCUCUGUACUGUUCUUUUGUUUUCUACUUUGUGAGGCUUUAUUCAAUAAGGUGUUUUAAUGCACCAGGAGUACAGUGUGCUUGAUGAUGAAGACAAAGUGGUUGAUGGUUUCUAUGACGUGUAUGGGCCUUCCUCAAAUUCAGCACUCCAAGGAAAAUUGCCAUCUCUUGCAGAUCUUGAGACAAAUCUCGGGAAUUAUGGCUUUGAAGUUGUGAUUGUCAAUCGAACAAUUGACCCUGUCUUAGAGGAGUUGGUGUAAAUUGCGCAUUGUAUUGCAUUAGAUUGCCCUGCUAGUAAUGUUAGUGUUUUAGUCCAAAAGCUUGCCGAAUUUGUUACAGGCCAUGUGGGUGGACCUGUUGGGGAUGCUAAUAUAAUGUUGGCAAGGCGGAUGGAAAGGAGCACAGAAUUGAGAACAUCUCUUCAUACAAGUUAUGUUGCCUAUUGGGUCCAUUAAUAUAAGAUUGUCUCGGCA